CCAUGUAUAUAUAUACACCCACCAAACAACUGUUUUAAAUACAGAAAUAUUUUUUCUCAUUAGAGCAGAGCAGAGCAAAGCACAUAAUACACUUGUCUCUCAAAUCAAUUCAUAUUCGUGUUUAUUCGUUUAUUGUUUGAUUGAUAAUUGAGGAAAAGAAACAAAUGGUAUUAGUUGGGAGAAAGAAGAGUGGAGGAGAAGAGGGAACGCAAUUGCAAUUGGGGAAAUACGAGAUCGGAAGAACACUUGGUGAAGGCAAUUUUGGGAAAGUUAAAUUCGCUAAAGACGUUCAAACUGGACACCCUUUUGCUGUGAAAAUCCUUGAAAAAACCCGUAUCAAAAACCUCAACUUCUCAGAUCAGAUAAAAAGGGAGAUUGCCACAUUGAAGAUCCUCAAACAUCCUAAUGUUGUUCGAUUACACGAGGUUUUGGCAAGCAAAACCAAGAUUUACAUGAUUCUUGAAUACGUAAAUGGAGGCGAACUAUUCGAUACAAUUGCAUCAAAAGGUAAAUUGCCCGAAUCAAAUGGGCGGAAGUUUUUCCAACAGUUGAUUGAUGGGGUCAGUUAUUGUCAUGAUAAAGGCGUUUAUCACCGUGACUUAAAGCUCGAGAAUGUUCUCGUUGAUGCAAAAGGAAGCAUCAAAAUAUCAGAUUUUGGCCUUAGUGCACUGCCCCAACAUUUAAGGGACGAUGGGCUACUACAUACGACUUGUGGAAGUCCUAACUAUGUUGCACCCGAGAUUCUUUCCAACAGAGGAAAUCUUGCAGUUCUUUAUCAAAAGAUUUUCAAAGGGGAUGUGCAAAUGCCGAAAUGGUUACCUUCAGGGGCAAAGAAUUUGAUACAGAGAAUUCUUGAUCCAAACCCUAAAACAAGGAUAACAAUAGCAGAAAUCAAAGCAGACGAAUGGUUUAAACAGGAUUAUACUCCUGCAAUUCUUGAUGAAGAGGAAGACGAUGUAGUACCUGUUGAAGUUGAAGUUUUAUCUUUACAUGAAGCUCCAACAGAUUCAGAAAAAGAUCCCGAAUCACCUACUCAUAUCAAUGCUUUUGAACUCAUUGGAAUGUCAUCUUGUCUGGAUCUCUCUGGUUUCUUUGAGAAAGAGGAUGUAUCGGAGAGAACUGUGAGGUUUACAUCCACAUGUUCUCCAAGAAAGUUGUUAGGAAGAAUCGAAGAUACAGUAUCACAGAUGGGAUUUGUAGUUCAAAAAAGAAAUGGAAAGUUGAAGGUGUUAGAAGAUCACAACGGGCAGAGGAAGCCUUGUAAUUUAUCCGUUACAGCAGAAGUGUUUGAAAUAAACCCGUGUUUGUAUGUAGUUGAAUUAAGAAAAAACAGCGGGGAGAGUAGUGUAUAUAGACAGCUAUGUGAUAAGGUAUUGAAGGAUUUAGAGGUGUCACAAAGUCAAGAGCAUCUGGCAGCAAAGUUGCUGGAAGCUUAAUAGGUUUGGAGACAUAUAUUAUAUGAUAUAUGAUGAUGGAUGUAUAAAUAUUAUAUAUUAUAGGAGGAGAUUAUGUGAAUCUUCAAGUUAUAUUCAAGUAAGGAGAAGAUUAGUGAUGAAAAAAUGCUUCAUUUCUUUGGUUCUUUAUAUAUACAUAUGGUCUUAAGUUCAAUGUUGAAAUCGUGGGUUAUAUUGUAUAGCAAUUAGUAAAUGUAUGGAUACAGAUGGUAAUAAAUAUAAUACUUAUAUGUAAGUAAAUUCGAUAUAUG